UAUCGCCAUGGACGACGACGGCUCCUCCUCCCCCUCGCCGCUACGCGUGGUGAUUUGCCCGUGGCUCGCCUUCGGCCACCUGCUGCCGUGCCUCGACAUCGCCGAGCGCCUGGCGUCGCGGGGCCACCGCGUGUCCUUCGUCUCCACGCCGCGCAACAUCGCGCGCCUCCCUCCGGUCCGGCCUGCCGUGGCGCCGCUCGUCGACUUCGUGGCGCUGCCGCUCCCGCGCGUCGACGGCCUCCCGGAGGGCGCCGAGUCGACGAACGACGUCCCGCACGACAAGUUCGAGCUCCUCCGGAAGGCCUUCGACGGCCUCGCCGCGCCCUUCGCCGAGUUCCUGCGCGCCGCGUGCGCUGAGGGAGCUGGCAGGAGGCCGGACUGGCUCAUCGUCGACACCUUCCACCACUGGGCCGCCGCGUCCGCCGUCGAAUAUAAGGUUCCAUGUAUGAUGCUUCUCCUGGGAGCCGCAACCGUGAUCGCCGCCUGGGCCACAGGGGUGUCCGAGCAGGCCGCGGCAGCCAUCGGAAAAGAGCGAUCGACAGCAGAAGCGCCAAGCUUCGAGACGGAGAGGAGAAAAUUGAUGAUUACCCAGAACGCGUCGGGGAUGACGGUCGCCGAGCGCUACUUCCUGACGCUCAUGCGGAGCAAUCUCGUGGCCAUCCGGAGUUGCGCCGAGUGGGAGCCCGAGAGCGUCGCUGCCCUCACCACACUCGCGGGCAAGCCGGUCGUCACUCUCGGCCUCCUCUCACCCUCGCCUGAGGGAGGCCGUGGCGUCAGCAAGGACGACGCCACCGUGCGCUGGCUCGAUGCGCAACCGGCCAAGUCGGUGGUCUACGUUGCGCUGGGGAGCGAGGUGCCGCUGCGCGCAGAGCAGGUGCACGAGCUGGCCCUCGGACUGGAGCUCUCCGGGGCGAGCUUCCUCUGGGCUUUGCGGAAGCCGCCCGGCGUGCCGGACGCGGUUGUCCUCCCUCCGGGGUUCGAGGAGCGCACGCGUGGCCGCGGCCUCGUGGUCACCGGGUGGGUUCCUCAGAUCAGCGUGCUGGCGCACGGCGCUGUGGCCGCGUUCCUGACGCAUUGCGGGUGGAACUCGACCAUCGAAGGGCUGUUGUUCGGGCACCCGCUGAUCAUGCUGCCCAUCUCCAGCGACCAGGGGCCCAACGCUCGGCUCAUGGAAGGGAGGAAGGUCGGGAUGCAGGUGACGAGAAACGAAGGCGACGGAUCGUUCAGCCGGGAAGACGUCGCCGCGACGGUGCGGGCCGUCGCCAUGGAGGAAGACGGCAGGAGGGUCUUCACGGCCAACGCCAAGAAGAUGCAGGAGAUCGUGGCCGACGGCGCAUGCCAUGAGAGGUGCAUCGACGGGUUUAUUCAGGGGCUCAGAUCCUACAAGGCAUGAAAGCGUUUUUAGUUUUUCCACAUGAUACAUGUGAUUUUAUUCGUGUGAAAUUUGGUCUAGUGGUAACUUUCUAGUUGACUGGUUCAUGCCAGAUCAUGGACAACCUAAUAAGGUUACUAGCUAGUAAGCAGCCGGUUUUUAGUAUAUCGUAAGCAAACGGUUUUUUACUCUACA